AAAUGGACUGUGGAAGUGGCUCUGCCAUUGACGUCACUUCCUGCUGCAUGCAGGAAACAAGACACUCAGUUACCGCGAUAAUUAUUAAGACAACGUGAUUCUCAGUGGGACUUGUAGUUUUUCUUUUCUCUCUACGGGUUUGUCCUUCAAGUCUACAAUUCACGCCCACCUCGGUCUCGGGAUUGGAAUUUCUGGGUGCGUGAAAGGGUGGGCGGGCAUUUUCCUAAUCUCCACCUCGAGAGAGCAUCGUAGUAAUAAGGGGGGGGACAGUGGGUAAUGCCAUUUCUUUUUUUAAUUGCUUGGAGGACAGCUGCUGAAGAGACGCAGUAGUCCCGUUUCCUUUUGGGGGCCAGUAGGGGGUCAGGUUGGCCCGCCAUGUUGGUGAAGGCAAAGGAAGGCUAGUGGAGCUCUAGGACUGACGGAUCUACUGGUUUAGGUCCGCCAUAUUAAUAAAGAGAAAGGGGAGGUUGACCCCUGUUUUCCGACAGACACACACACCCCUUCUUUCCACCCCGCUUCCACGACUCAGCUCGGUGGGCCUUUCCCCUGCCACCCUUGCCCAGUCUGCCCACAGGAAGUAUAGCGGCGCCUCAAACACAGGCUUACGGCGCCGCCGAAUGUGGGGGAAAGUGAAAUGCCGACCAAUUGCGCCGCGGCGGGCUGUGCUACUACCUACAACAAGCACAUUAACAUCAGCUUCCACAGGUUUCCUUUGGAUCCUAAAAGAAGAAAAGAAUGGGUUCGCCUAACCAGGCGCAAAAAUUUUGUGCCAGGAAAACACACUUUUCUUUGUUCAAAGCACUUUGAAGCCUCCUGUUUUGACCUAACAGGACAAACUCGACGACUUAAAAUGGAUGCUGUUCCAACCAUUUUUGAUUUUUGUACCCAUAUAAAGUCUGUGAAACUGAAGUCACGGAAUCUUUUGAAGAAAAACAACAGCUGUAUUCCAACUGGACCAUCUAAUUUAAAAUCAAACAUUAAUAGUCAACAAGUGCUACUUGAACAUAGUUACGCCUUUAGGAAUCCUAUGGAGGCAAAAAAAAGGAUAAUUAAACUGGAAAAGGAAAUAGCAAACUUAAGAAGGAAAAUGAAAACUUGCCUACAAAAAGAACGCAGAGCAACUCGAAGAUGGAUCAAAGCCACAUGUUUGGUGAAGAAUCUAGAAGCAAAUAACAUAUUACCUAAGGGCACAUCCGAACACAUUUUGCCAACUGCCUUAAGCAGUCUUCCUUUGGAGGAUUUCAAGAUUCUUGAACAAGAGCAACAAGAUAAAACGUUAACAAUUCUCUAAAUCUAAAGUAGAUCAAGAGUACUUUUAGUUAAGAUUAGCCUGCAUAGAUCUUGAAGCCCAUCCUUUAUCCUAUUCAAAGGUAAAGGUAUUUAAGAAAAUUAUGCCAAAAUUGGGUACUUUCAAGUUUUACUUGAAAUAAUGUUACUACUGUAUGACUUAUGGAAACUUGAUUACAAAAAAAUGAAAACUUUAUGAAACUUAUUUGAAAAAGCAUGGAAGUGCCUUACAUGAGAAUUACAUACUUAAAAAUUUUGCUAGGAAAUUUUUCAAGGUGUGCUGUGUUUUUGUCUUUUUAAACAACUUUUAAAGAACAGUCUAUGACAAAUAAUGUGUUUAACUUAUAUUAGAAAAAAAUGUUUCUGUGUACCAAAGUUGGAAUAUUACAUUCUAAGUAAGACACUAAGUAGGAGUUAACCAACAUUAAAUAUGACUUUAACACUGCUGGGUUUUGUAUUAGUUAAAUUAUUAUUGGCACUAUGAUUUGAAAACUUUAUAGAAAAAAAGCAUGAGGUACAGGACAAGUUCUUUUAUUUCAACUUUCUGUAUCUUUUUAACAGUGAAAGUGAGUUAAUCAUGACCUCCCUUAUAAGAGUAUUGUCUUUUAAAAUGGAUUGUAAAGUAUUUUGAAAAUAUUUUUGAAUGUGAAGUACCCUUGAGUCAUCCAAGGUAGUAAGCCCUCAAGUACCUCAGACUAGUAAAAACUGGUAGCUGAUUAUAUUCACCUUCUAAGAAAAUAUGUUGUGAAAUAAUGCAAAGGUUAGGAUCUAGCUUUUACCUUAACUAAACAAAAAAAUAACUGUAUGCUGCUCUUUUACUUAUAAUAAAAACAAUACAUUUUUAGUUUCAAAAUUGAUAUAUUAGUAAACAAACAUGCUACCAAGUUCCAUGUUAGGAAAUUCCCUCUGCUUUCAUGUAUAUCGAUACUAAAACUUUUAAGCUUUUUUCCCCAUAAACAUACAGUAGAAUUUAAUUAUACAACAAUACUUACCAUGUUAUAUCUUUACAACUUAUAACUUAAAAUGGAAUCAAUUUACCAUACAUAUUAGCUUGCUCUUUAUCUCCUUUCUUAGUGAGAGCCAAAUAGAACGACUGUACAGCAUGAGGGAAAUAAAAUGUAG